AUGUCACUUGAGUACAACCACGACGAUCCAGACUUUUGGGACCUAUAUCUCCCGGCGAAAAUUUCGCCAAAUUGGUUUCCUGUCAUUACGCUGAACUUCAAGUCCUUUUCCCGUUGGCUUUUCGAGGCAGUGUUAUCACUCUUCAGACAUACACAGCUGCGACAGUUAGAGAUUCACUGGGCGACCUCAGAUUGCCCCGGAUACGAGAGUAUAGAGCAGGAUCACUUAUAUUAUGGCACAACACGGCUGGAGGACCUAAAACUCAUUGACUGCAGGUUCACGCCUAGCGAUUUGACCACACUCCUUGAAUAUCCUCGAGCCCUUCUGAAUCUUUCGAUAUGGUCUGAUCUCGACCAAGAUGUAAUCGAUGACAACGAGCAAGUGAAUCACGAAGAUUUCUUUCGAGCCAUAAGUGGAAGCCGGUCAUGUAAAUCUUUGGAGGCACUCCGAGUUGAUUUCACGAGUCGAUGCUGGAUUAUUGUGCCAGCUCCUGGAAUGGACAGAUUACCGAAUGUUAAGUAUUUGGAUGUCUCCGCCUACCAUUUGCAGUUCAAGGAUGAAUCGAUGGAAAGGUAUCCGGCACCUGACAUCGACUGCCCCCUCGAGCGCCUUUUACCACCCAGAAUAGAAGUUCUCAAAAUCGAUCCUUACGAUGCACAGAGUGACGAAGACGUAGUCCGUCAAAUCCUCCCACGAAAAUCGGAAAUUGUCCCCAGGCUGAGAAAGAUCGUUUUGACGAACCACUAUCGAGACCAAAAAAUGGCCCAGGAGCUCAAAGAGGCCGUGGCAGUCGAGGAGGACAAACAAAAUUAUUGUCGGGCUCGCAGCGUUGUCAGGGAUGGCUUUCCUCUCUAUACUACCAAAGCGCCGAUGGAUGAGCUAAAAAGCCUAUGCGCAGAUAAGGGCGUUGCGUUGGUGCUUCUUUACGAAGAUUCAGUCAGGAAAGAGAUAUUGAGGGAAGGUGCAGGACCUGCUCUUUGGGAAAUACCGGAGCAGAUUCGAUGA